UUAAAUGAUCGUUAUAUAAAUUUCAGGUGUAACUUCCUCUUGUUUCAUUUCAUUCUCAGACACAGCCAUGGAUCCCAACCCGGGGACAUUCCCCAUUCUCUCCUACGUCAUGUCCCGUCUCCAAUCUUUCAGAUCUCCAACCCAUCAUGAUUCCAAAUCCGAAUUCAAUCCCGAACAACCACAAUCUUCAGAUCAUUCAUCUUCUCCUUCAUCAAUCGUAGGCCAAAUGCCGAAUCUCACCGACCCGAAAUUAUUGGCCUCCAUGACCCAAGCCAUCUCAGACGUCUCCCAGGCCCGAUCAGUCCUCAAACUCAUCGGCGACCGGCCCACACACGAGGAAGUCGACACCGCGAAGGCCAAACUGAUCGACCUCGAGGCACAUUUAUUGCGCCAAUUGGAGGAGAUCGUGAGCCUCCCUAGGCCGCCUGAGAUCGACGAACAACAUUGGCGGGCUCAUAUUACGGAAAGAGAGACGCAAUGUAGAGACUCUGCUGAAAAGGAGAAGCGUGUUUAUAAGUCGCUGUUGCAAAGAGAUGAGAUGCAUGAUGCUUAUGAGAAGCUUCUGAAGGAUGCGGAGACAAGGCUUGUGAAGAUUUAUGAGGAGGAUGAUGGUGGUAAUGGUAAUGACGGUGAUGCGGGCGAGGAUGAAGGUGGAGAGCAUGUUAAGAGGAUGUUGCAGGAGGCACGUGAGAAAAAUGUCGAGCGAGUGGAUCUUAAGGGACAACGCUUGAAAGCCUUGCCUGAGGCCUUUUGCCAGAUUUCUUCCUUGGUGGUGCUCAAUCUCUCCACUAAUCAGCUUGUGGUGAUUCCUGACACAAUAUCUGGAUUGCAAAAUCUUGAGGAGCUUAAUGUCUCUACCAAUCUCUUGAAGUCACUUCCAGAUUCAAUUGGCUUCUUACAUAAGUUGAAAAUCCUCAAUGUCUCUGGAAAUAAGUUGACAUCCCUUCCUGAUUCCAUCAGCCAGUGCAGAUCGUUGGUGGAGCUGGAUGCAAGCUUUAAUAGCCUAUCAUAUUUGCCAACAAACAUCGGAUUCGAAUUACAGAAAUUACAGAAGCUCCUGAUUAGUUUAAACAAGAUACGAUCCCUUCCCUCGUCUGUUUGUGAAAUGAAGUCAUUGCGCCAUCUAGAUGCUCACUUUAACGAACUCCACGGCCUCCCUAACGCAAUCGGGAAAUUGACUAGUCUUGAAAUUCUCAAUCUGAGUAGUAACUUCAGUGACCUUCAAGAAUUACCAGAGACUUUCGGCGAUCUGAGUAACCUCAAGGAACUGGAUCUUAGCAACAAUCAAAUUCACACACUUCCAGAUACGUUUGGUCGCCUUCAUAGUUUAAUCAAGCUAAACUUGGAGCAGAACCCUCUUGAAUUGCCACCUAUGGAGAUUGUAAAUGAAGGUGUCCAAGUCAUUAAGUCUUACAUGGCUAAGAGGUGGAUUGAGUUAUUGGCGGCUGAGGAAGAGAGGAAUAAGACGAAUGAGAUGCAAGAUCAAGGACAGAGUGCUUGGUUAACCCGAAGUGCCUCUUGGUUGAAAAAUGUUUCUGGAAAUGUAACUGAGUAUAUUGGAAGUACCAUGUCCCCGAAAGCGAGAUCUCCGAGAUCUCCCAGAGAUAAUUUUCUUAAUCAGGAACUAUGAGUUCAAGUGGUACGUAGUCCAACAAACAUUCUGGACUAGGACUCACUAUGCUGCAUAUCAUAUUUACCUAAGGAGAAUGGAUGGUAGCAUAAUUUCCUUUUAGCUAUCUGGCAUAAUAACAGUUUUGUUUACAUGUGAUAGGCUACAAUAUCAACAACAAUAACAACAACUAAGUGUUAUCCUAAUAAGUGGAAUCGGCUAUAUGAAUCAACUUUCAAUUUCGGUAGAAUGUUCUAUCCAAAACCAUCUUAUAGACAAGUGUGAAUUUUUUUUUCUUUUUAUGUGAGUUUUUUACUCCAAUAGUCAAACCAUCCUGAUGCUUAUAGCUCCACAUUUCCCCUUUAAAACUAAAAAGAUUUGUGGUUUCCACUUUUUUUCUUGGGUUAUUUAUAGACUUAUAGUUUUAAUAUUUAAUGUGUAUACAAACAAUUUGAACAUCUAUAGUGGUGGUUUCUAAUGUAAAAAUACUAUGUAUGAUACACAGUUAUUUUCAAGCAGAGUUCAGAAGUUUAAUGGUGGACUAUCUACGUAAAAUACUAGUCCCUUCUCUCCCAAAUGCUAGUACUUGCCAUAACUUUUAGGAUUAA